UAUCUCUGUGAGGGUAUCUUGACUAUGAGUAGUCUUGGUCUCUGUUAGUACACGGGUCUACAAUGACUCUACAUGUAGGUCGCCAUGAAGCCAGGGUCUGGUGUCGAUGGUGACUUCUCACGCUUGUUACGCGACAUUUAAACACUUCACAAGCUUCAAGCCUUCAUAGAUUGAUCUCACUCCUCAUAUAUACAGCUCAUCAUCUGCAAGACCAGUCAUGGCCGUCAAAGCAUGCUUAUUCGAUAUGGACGGCCUGCUCAUAGACUCAGAGUCCAUCUAUACCCAAACCACAGAGCUCCUGCUAGCAAACCACGGCAGACCUGCCAAGUUCCCUAUUGAAGUCAAAUCCAACAUGAUGGGUCGACCAGGACCCCAAGCGGCACAGGUGUUUCUCGACUGGGCACAGAUCCCCGGAUUGACUGUGCCAGAGUAUAUUGCUGAGCAAAAAGCACUGCAAUUGACGCGUUUCCCGCAUGUUCAACCGUUGCCAGGUGCAGUAGACCUAGUCUCACACUUGAAGCAACACGGUGUUGGGAUUGCUCUUGCAACGUCAAGUACAAGCAGCAAUUACGCUCUCAAGUCUAGUAACCUCGCUCGUCUCUUUGACUUGUUUGAAGAGGUACGCGUUACAGGCGACGAUGCGCGUGUUGUGGGACGCGGAAAGCCUCAGCCCGAUAUCUUCUUGACUGCCCUUGCGGACCUCAAUGCGCAUCUUCGACAGAAAACUUCAGACCAUAUUGAUAUUCUGCCUGCAGAGUGUCUUGUCUUUGAAGAUGGUGUGCCAGGAGUUGAAGCUGGUCUUGCUGCUGGGAUGCGCGUGAUUUGGGUACCAGAUCAGCAAAUUCUCUCCCUCCAUCGGCAUCAAGUAGAUGAGAUUCUGUGUGGACGUGGCGAGAUGCUCCUGUCAUUACAAGACUUUGACUAUGCGAAAUACGAGCUGCCAACCAAGUGAGAGCAAUUGCAUUUGGAUGCUACA